UCCCUCCGCGCGCUCCCAGCCGCGGCGCCUCGCACUUCUGACUCGAGUCCCCGCCGCGCUCGUCGUCGCCGCCGGGACCCGCCGCCCCGCGCCAUGCAGCCGGCCGCGGGCAGCGAGCGCCGCAGCCCGGCGGGCCCCGCCGUCCCGCCGCCGCCCCGGGGCCACGCGCCCUUGGCUGCCGCUCCCGGCCCGGGCCCGCUGAGCUCCCCCGCGCGCGAGCCGCCGCAGCCCGAGGAGGAGCGCCAGCUGCGGAUCAGCGAGAGCCGCCAGUUCGGCGACGGGCUGGAGGAUCGAGGCUUGCUAGAAAGCAGCACUCGGCUAAAGCCCCACGAAGCCCAGAACUACAGAAAGAAGGCAUUGUGGGUCUCCUGGUUCUCCAUUAUUGUCACACUGGCCCUGGCGGUGGCUGCCUUUACUGUCUCCGUUAUGAGGUACAGCGCCUCUGCUUUUGGGUUUGCAUUCGAUGCCAUCCUCGACGUCCUGUCAUCGGCGAUCGUCCUGUGGCGUUACAGCAACGCGGCCGCUGUACACUCUGCCCACAGGGAGUACAUAGCCUGUGUCAUCUUGGGGGUAAUAUUCCUUCUGUCAUCCGUAUGUAUAGUGGUCAAAGCCAUCCACGACCUCUCGACUAAGCUGCUUCCGGAAGUGGAUGAUUUCCUGUUCAGCGUCUCCAUUUUAAGUGGAAUCCUGUGCAGCAUCCUGGCUGUGCUGAAGUUUAUGCUGGGGAAGGUUCUGACCAGCAGAGCACUGAUAACAGAUGGGUUUAACUCCCUCGUGGGGGGCGUGAUGGGCUUCUCCAUCCUCCUGAGCGCCGAGGUGUUCAAGCACAACUCGGCCGUCUGGUACCUGGACGGCAGCAUCGGCGUCCUCAUCGGCCUCACCAUCUUCGCCUACGGGGUCAAGCUCCUCAUCGACAUGGUGCCCAGGGUGCGGCAGACCCGCCACUACGAGAUGUUUGAGUGAAGGUGGCCGGAGCCGGCCGCCCCCCAUCUGCAUGACUGUCAGGACUACAAGAGGUUUCGAUGCAGGCAGACGGUGCCGACAUGUAACUGAACAUCAAAUUUCUUUUCUGGAAAGUUUGUGCUCACGGGAACGAGAUCUACCCAGCAGGUCGGAUUGCACUGGUCCCCUCCCUCCACUGCCCCGGCCAGACACCGUAGGACCACAAGCACUGUCUCCAGCGGGAACUGACCUUUUCCAUCUUCUGCAGUAAAAAGGUUCGUGUGGGGAGGGUACGAUCUCUGCUUGGCAGAACGUCCUUCUGUGGUGCUCCCAGCCUGAAAUGGAUAUCAGCUCACCAGACCCACCUCCUCGAGACUCCACAUGGGCCCAGAAUCUCCUGGCAGACUUUAAGAGAAGGCUGUAUCCUUUGGUUCCCUCACCCCUUUCCGUACCCAGAACCAUGAAUGUGUAUCACUUCCUAAUUUCUAUCCAUGUAUCUCAUUCGUUUCAUACUGUUUUACUAAUCCUCAAUCUGAACACCAAAUGUGUUCUAAA